ACCGGAAAAGGAUGCAGACGUUGGAUGCCGUCCGGCUUGACGCUGGUUGCUAAUGUUCGCGCUGUCAGCCACGUCACCUCCCCUGAAUUAACUUUGCUCCCAGGCGGGCCCAGUCACAGCUGAGUUGGUGAGUUCUGUCAGUGGACAUCAUAUCUGUUUUUGUUAUCCGCAGGCGUUUAGAUAACGAGCCACCGAGCAGACAGACAGACCCGGAGUCCACUGUUCGGCUGUUAGCUUCUUCUUCUUCUUCAUCUCCUCGUUUAGUUUUUUAACUCGUCUGUUUCUGCGCUCGUGUGUUCGCUCUUCUUCUUUUUUUCUUUUUUGUGGCCAAGCAACUCUGCCCCGUCUCCCGAGGACUCCUGAGGCCUUCGAGGAGUUGCUUUAAGGUUUAGUAAUUAAGGCGGAAACCAGACAACAUGAACAUCUUUCGUCUGGCGGGUGACGUGUCACAUCUGGUGGCUAUCAUCAUCCUGUUGCUGAAGAUAUGGAGGUCCAAAUCCUGCGCUGGCAUCUCUGGGAAGUCUCAGGUGCUGUUCGCCCUGGUCUUCACCACCAGAUACCUUGACCUGUUCACAGUCUUCAUCUCUGCCUACAACACAGUCAUGAAGGUGGUGUUCCUGGCUCUGUCCUAUGCCACCGUGUACCUGAUCUACAUGCGCUUCAGGAACUCAGACAACUCUGAGAAUGACACGUUCCGCGUGGAGUUCCUGUUGGUGCCAGUGAUCGGGCUCUCCUUCCUGGAAAACUACGCUUUCACCCCAAUGGAGAUCCUGUGGACCUUCUCCAUUUUCCUGGAGGCGGUGGCCAUAAUGCCGCAGCUCUUCAUGAUCACCAAGACGGGCGAGGCAGAAUCCAUCACCACCCACUACCUGUUCUUCCUCGGCCUCUACCGAGCCCUGUACAUCGCCAACUGGGUGUGGCGUUACCACACGGAGGGCUUCUUCGAUCAGAUCGCCGUGGUGUCCGGCGUCGUGCAGACCAUAUUCUACUGCGACUUCUUCUACCUUUACGUCACAAGGGUGCUUAAAGGAAGAGGAAAGAUGAGCCUGCCGAUGCCCAUUUAAAAAACAGACAUCUGCUCCACUGAGCUACCCGUGGGUGCCUGCUACAGUUCAGCAUAUGAACACAGUCCAUGCCCUUCAACUGUACAUGAAUUUAGCAAUGGGACUAAUGGUUGGACGUCAAUCUGUAUACCAAAAUGAGUGCACCUCUAGAACGGGAUUUUCUGGCUGGCUGGUAUUUUGUGUGUGUGUGUGUGUGUGUGUGUGUGUGUGUGUGUGUGUGUGUGUGUGUGUUUAUGUGUGUGAGUGUCUGCAUAUUUCUGAGUGCUUGGGGGUUUUAUUUUCUACAUGAGAUGCAAAUGUGACACUGGAAAGGUGUCCCUGGGAUACACGUGGUACAUAAUUCAGGCAAGUGAGGAACACUAUGGAAACUGCGUGUCUCAUCUUUCUCUUUUCAGUCCUGAUGGACACUUUGGCUCUGGAGGCCUCAUUCAGACAUAAAUCGGGCGUUGCAGCGAAAAAAGACGUCCUGUCCUCCCACUCAUUUUGAGUCCGGGUAGCGUGUUUAGGCUAUUGCAGUGUGGACCACAAGAAAAUGCAGUGGCCCUAUGCAAAAUCUUAACCAGAAAUGAAUAAACCUGCGAUCAGAUCAGCAGUACUAUCUGUGAAGCUCUUUACACUAAUUUUCUAAUAUGAGACUGUAAAUAUAUAGCUUCCUACUUUAUUACUCGCAAUGGAAGGUAUUCGUGCUUUCUUAUGAGCGCUGGUUGACAUAACAUAUUUUAUGUCAGGGUGUCACAGAUACUACCAUACAGGACAAACAAAUACACAUGCGCAAACAUUCAGAGGUCCGCCAGAUUCAUGUUGCUAUGUGCCUCCAACAACAUCGUACUGCCAGGUGACAAAUCUGAAGCCAGCAGCCGGAAACAGGGUGCUUCCACACCGCCGCACGACCCUGUGCUUCUAUCUGCAACGUCUGAUUUGGUCUGAAUCUGAAGCCUUAGAAUGUCAAACCCACAAAAGUGUAAAUGGGGCUGGCUGUCGCUUUCAUGUACUGCACUCAGAUAGAUUCUAUGUAGCCGUAGUGUUCACACAGUGCAGAUACAGACCUGUGUUGAAGCUGAACCGGUGCCCAGAGUUUCCUACACAUUCUCCCAUCAGCGUCUUCCCUGAUGAUGAUUACAGUAAUGAGAAAUACUGUAGCGUUUGUAAAUGUGUACUCUAUAAUCGUCUUCAUAUUGUCUUCCUCUCUGGUUCUGUAAUGUUGCACACUCCCGGAAUAGCUCACUAUAUUAUGUGCAAAUGACUUCUCUCCUUUAUUGCCAAGUUACGUUUUUUUUGUAUUUCCUCUCAGUGGUCGUCUUUUAUAUUUCAAUGUAUUUCUUCAUGAUAGAAAAAAAAAAGGGCUGAACAUUUUGUCAUGUCUUGAAUGACCGCCAAAGAAGGAGCAGACACCUGCUGCGAGGUUUUCUAGCUCCUCGGUCGCUUCCUUGGUCAAACUGUCUUGUUUCGUCAGGGAUUUUUUUUUUUUUUU